AUGGCCAUCAUUACUGCAGCCAAGGCACGCGAGGAUUUAUUCACCAAAGAAACCCUGGGAAAAUUCAGCGGCGACGUGUAUUUCCACCCCCUGCACAAAGACGAGCAUGUAUCAAUUCUCGACGUCCAAUUCGCCCCAUGUGCCCGGACACACUGGCACAAUCAUGAGAAAGGCCAGCUCCUGGAAAUCACCACUGGCUCGGGCUGGGUCUGUGACAAAGGACAAGAGCCCCGGAAAGUGGAAGCGGGCGAUAUCGUGUGGUGCCCCCCUGGUACGGUCCAUUGGCACGGAGCGGGUGACGGCGGGUCCAUGAUUCAUCGUGCUAUUUCAUUUGGGGGCAUGGAAUGGUAUAAUCCAGUCUCGGCGGAUGAUUUGAAGGGCGUCAAUUAA